ACACACAAUUGCGUAUAGACCCCAACAAAUACGUGUAGUAAAAUGUUUACAAGCUUUAGUUCAAAUUAGUAAAAAUGGGAGUAAAAGAUCUUUGGAAUAUUUUGUCGCCUUUGAGCGAGAGGAAACCAAUGUUUGAGCUUCAAGGAAAAACGGUAGCCAUUGACAUGAGUUGUUGGAUUGUGGAUAGUCAAACAGUAACUGAUCAUUCUGCACAACCAAAAAUGUAUCUCAGGAAUCUCUAUUUUCGUACAGCAUUUCUCCUCAUGCAAGGAAUAUCUCCAGUAUUUGUAUUGGAAGGGAAAGCACCUACUUUGAAACAUAAGACAAUUGCAAAGAGAAAUGACGUUCGCUCUGGUUUUCGCGAGAAAAAAACUGCUUCUAAAGGAGGUAGAACACAGUUUAAUAGAAUUCUCAAUGAAUGCAAGGAAAUGCUUCAACUUAUGGGUUUAGCGUGUGUACAAGGACAUGGGGAAGCAGAAGCAAUGUGUGCUUAUUUAAAUGAAGAUGGGCUUGUUGAUGGAUGCAUAAGUCAAGACAGUGAUUGCUUUUUAUAUGGAGCAAAAACAGUUUACAGAAAUUUUUGUACAAGUACUCAAGGAAAUCGUGGGAGUUCAGGUGGUGCUGUAGAUGAAUAUAAAUUAGAAAAGAUAGAAAGAUUAUUAGAAUUAGGGAGAAAUAAAAUGAUAGCAUUAGCUUUAUUAUGUGGUUGUGAUUAUAAUGAUGGACUGAAUGGAGUUGGUAAAGAAGCUGCUAUGAAGCUUUUUAAAAUUGUAAAUGAUGAAGAUAUUCUUGAACGAAUGAAGAGUUGGAGGACCGAUACUACUUUAGAUUAUAAAGAAGCAGAAUUACUGAAUCCAAAUUUAUGUUCGUCUUGUGGACAUAGUGGUAAACUACAGAAGCAUACAAAAUCAGGUUGUAUAGAAUGUGGAACCACUGUGAAAUGCCAUGACUCUUAUAAAGAGAAAAGGGUUUUAUUAUUGAAUGAAAUUGCUUUACGAAAAAAAGCUCUUCUUAUUGAAGAUUUUCCAAACCAAGAAUUAAUAGAUGAAUUUCUUAUUAAAAAAGCUUCAGUACCUGAAAAAAUAGAUAUUCAGUGGAAACAACCGCAAGUGAAUGAAUUCAUAGAUUUCAUGGAACGAUAUUUAUCUUGGGAACCACAAUAUGCAUUUGAGAAGAUAUUUCCUCUAGUGACUCGUUGGCAACUUGUACACCUUCCUGGCAUUUCUGCAGACAACCGUCUAACAAUGUUCGAUUUAUACAUACCUGAAGCAAUAAAGAAAGUUCGGAAUAUUAGGUCUGUUGCGAGUUACGAAAUUAUUUGGAAGACUGAUCAUAGUACGAUAAAAAGAUUAAAAGAAUAUAUUACAUUAGAUAAUGUGAGUGAUAAUGGUGCAGAUAUUCCAUUUGAAUUGGCAAGUAUUGAGCCACAAAGUGCUGUACAAAAAUGUUAUCCAGAAUUAGUUGAAGCAUUUGAAAAUGCAAGAAAUGCGAAAACAAAGAAACGACCGAAUAAAAAGAAAAUACAAAACGAUACAGAUGCUAGCGAUAAAAAACGAAAAGCAGAAAAGAGGCGUCAGAAGAGAAAUGCAAAAACAGAAAAUAAUAGAAAAAUUGAUGAAUUCGUUUCCAAAAAUGAUCCUACGUCUUUAGAAGAAUCUUUCCGAAGGAUGAGUAUUACGCCAAUAAAAACUAAAAAAUGUAAAACAUUAGAUGAUUUACAAGAAAGUCCGAAAAGAAGUAAUAAAGUUAAACGCGGUCCUCAGUUCGAGAAAGUAUUACAAUUAGAGAAUAUCAAUUCAAACUUAAAUAAUACAUUGGAUAGAAUGUUUAACGAACUUUCACCGGAUGAUUUUAUUGACGAGAACGAUGAUCAUGAUGUAAACAUGUCAGAGAUAAUAGACAAUAUAUGUAAUCAAAGGGUCUUCAAAUUUAAUGUUUCGGAAAAUGUGCAAACAUCUAAAGAUGAAAAUAAUUUAUGUGAAAAAGACACUGAAGAUGUGAAAACAGUUGAUGACGUAAUUAAUUGUGAAACGAACUCUGAUCAAUGUUUCAGAAAUGAUGUAAUUCAUAAUCAAUCAGUUGAUGAAUUUGCUGAUAUAAAUGAAUCCUAUAUUCCUCUUAAUCACAGAAUAAAUUGCGAGAAAUCGAAGAAAAGACUUCAAAGAACUUCUACGCUAAUAAACGAUAGAUUUAGUCUUGGAUUUGAUGAUCUUAUGAAUGAUACAGAUCCGGAAACCGAAUUUGUCACGUAGCAUUUAAUAUGAGUGCGUUCUUUCGUAUUGAAGUGAAGGUCUUCCGUAUUUCUAAGUAACUAAGUCGUUAUUAUUUUAAAUCUUAUAUUUUCUUAUAAAUUCGAUUUAAAUUUCUAUAUAAAAUACCACUAUAAUUUUUUAACGUUGAGAAUCUCAUCUUCAUAUUUAUGUAAGUAAUAAAAUGAUAAACUAAAUUUAAGGAACGUAGCGAAAUAUUACCGUGAAGGUAAGAAAUUUUUUAUCAAUAAUUACUUUGGAUUGUGUUAAUAACAAAGAUUGAUUUAUGUAUCCAAUUUUAUGUGUUAUUGUAUGAACUAUGUUUUAAUCGCAUAUUUUUAAAAUAUGCUUUUAAAAUGUUUAAAUCGUAUUUGUUCAAAUGCAAAGUAAUUGUUUGGUACAGUGAAUGUUGUAAAUAGAUUGUACAUUUUUAAAUACAUCUUGUGAUAUCGUCUUUUUAAUUGAAUAUCUUAUAAUGUUAUAUAUGCAUAUUUUAUUCCAUUUUUUAAACACUGUAAUUAUGUAGUAAUAAAAUAAAGGACUCAUAUAUUGCUUGUUAAAAUAAAAAAUACCAGUAUAAAUUACUACAAUACUAAAUAUCAAAGACGUACAUGUAACAUUAUUUAGACACAGGCGUUUAUCAGUCUGUAUUAGCCUGGCUGUUGCAUUCAUUUGAUAUCUGUAAUUAUAAAGACCAAUUAUAAUCGAUCACAAAUUAAAUACAUACCGAAGUACCUAAACAAAACGACGUAAAUUAAAUAAAAACAGUUGAUCCGUUAAAACAUAUGAGAUUAUAUGCACGUCUUGCACGUUCUCCAGCAUUUCAUGUGCUGCGUCCAAUUUAAUAAUGUCAUAUAUACACUGUAAUUGCAAUAAAAUAUUAUUAACAAACUUACAUAUAAUAGGUAGUAAAAAUAAAUAAUAUAUUAUUAUGUACAUCGUGUAGUUGAAACUACUAGAUAAUGACUAUUCUCUAGUUUAUACAUAAAGAUAUGUAUAUACAUGUGACGUAUGAUGAGAAAUACAGGAGAUCGUGUUAAGCCAUGCGUACCGUUGUUCAGCACAAAAUAGACCCAUCUGACAACGACCAGCAAACAGUGGUAAAUGACAAUAAACUCGUCUUAUACAACGAAAUAGAUUCAAGGUUUCCUAUUGUGUCGUCAACUUAUAUUUACAUGAAUUCGCGAGUAGAUGCGCUACAAGUUUUUACAUAUUAAGAUUCAACUUCUGUGUAGAUACAUACGUACAUAUAAAAACUUCAUGAUAUUUACAUGGUGUUCAAAAAAAGAGGGGAUGAUAUUUAUAAGGCACUAUGUUUCUAGACAUUAGAACAAUGAAAAACCUUCCGGUACAGAAAUGUCGUUUGGAGCUUACUUUUUAAGUUGCAAAUAAUUUAAUUGUAUUGCCGGUGGGGGUGUCUGCAUGCGAUGCUAUAGUUCAAGAGGAUACUCAAGUGGUUUAUUCACUAAUAUAAGAAAUCUCUGCUGAAGGAAUCAUCGAGGGAUUAUUCACACUACUCAAGUUUAAAUUAGGUAAAAUUCGUCAACAUCUAUAUUGUCAGCUUCAAAGUAUUACCCUUUAGCACUUAAUCCAGUGUCCUCUCUAUUGCGUAAAACAGUGCUGUGGUUCCUUGUUUCAAGUGGGCUUUAACAUUUACGUUGCUUCCUAUUUGUAUCGUUUUUAAUCCCCAAAAUACUGUCCCUGUAUGGUAUUCUUAACUUUGGGUAAUAGUAAACUAUUGCACGGAGCGAGAUCCGGAAUAUAAAGCGGGCAAUCAAGAAUUGAAACAUUAAAACGUGCAAGAAACUGGCAAACAGCGAGAGAAGUGUGAGGACGAUGCGUUGUCAUGACGGAGAACAUUUAUGACAUCGGCUAAUAACAAAGGCGUACUAAAAUUGUCAUUGUGUACAAGGUCCAGAAACCGGUACACGAGAAGAUACAGCUAUAACUUAAAUGUUCUUAUUGUUACUUAGAUGUUCCAAUCGAAGAAAUAGUUGCAGCGUUGGCUACAUGAGUCUUUUUUCUACACCAUAUAGAAUUGCAUAUCUACAUAAUCAGCCCAUUUUCAGUUCUAUCGACAUUUUUACAAUUACGUAAUAAGCAAUGUAAUCAAAUUGCCAUAUGUAAUUGUCUUAUUAAAUUUAUACAAAUGACAAUUAA